GCUACUUCAUAUUGAACAGUUUCAGAGCUCCUACCCACAGACCCAAGACAAAUGUUGAGGCGCGUAACAGUGGAAGUGGAAGUUUCACAGGUAGGAGCGCGCAUUUCGGUCUUUGCUCUGUGCUUUGAAAUUCUACUUGAUUUCAACGCGCUAUGCCUUCCGAAAUUUUGGUUGGAGAGGGGGAAGGACAGGAUGGAGAACAAGGCGACUGAUGUCUGUAUGGACUGAAGACAAGAGCGCGCUAUGGAGAUGACCGCUCGCCUCGCGCACUUGGACACCAAAGUGGAUGGCAGAAACUGUGAUGGACUUGUCAACCACAACGGGGAAACGACUGAGAUAAGAGUACCGCUGUCUCACACGGGAAAGAGACUCGGUCCGAUCGAGGGGGGGAAUCUUUACAGACUGCGUGACAGAAAGUUCCUUUUGGAGGACAAGAAGCGCCUCUGCGCGUGGGCACUGGGAGCCGCGCUGUUAGGCAUUCUGCUGAUGGUAUUACAUGCUGAGCUGUGCCCAGUAGUGUAUCAACCAGAAUCCAUUUAUGCCCUCUCCAUAAAUGGUCUCAUCAGUUUCUCCACGGGUUGUUUGCUCAUUCUCAUCAUCGCCUUCCAUUAUAAAGACAUCAGACUUUUCAUCAUUGACCACAACCAGGUGGACUGGCGCAUUGCCAUGACCAGUAACCGGGUGCUUGGCAUCUCCCUGGAGCUCAUUGUCUGUGCUAUCCAUCCGGUGGCUAUCUACCUGAGGCCAGAUAUGGGGGACAGACUGGGGGCGAAGCCAGGGCAAAAUUCCUCUACCCCCCUCUGCUUGUCCUCCAGUCACAAAGAAGUCAUGUUGGAUGUGGAGCUACUGCUGUCGGCCCUCAUGUUUCUGAGACUGUAUCUCGUGCACAGAGCCGUCCUGUUACACAGCAAGGUGCUCCUCAGUGCCUCAUACAGGAGCAUCGGCUCCCUCAACAACAUCAACUUCAGCUUCCGCUUUGUGCUCAAGGUGCUAAUGAACAAGUACCCGGCCCGCACGCUGCUGGUCUUCAUUAUGUUCUUCUGGCUCUCAGCAGCUUGGAUGCUGCGACUGUGUGAAAGGCAGCAACAGGUAGAGACAGGUGGCAUGGACAAAGCACUGUGGCUGAUAGCCAUCACCUUCCUCACAGUGGGAUAUGGAGAUGUGGCCCCUCACACCAGCUGUGGCAAGUUGGUGUGUCUCUUCACAGGUGUCAUGGGUGUGGCAUGUACUGCUAUGUUGGUAGCAGUCAUGACUAAGAAACUGGCGCUUAACAAAGGGGAGAAACAUGUGCAUUUCUUCAUGAUGGACAUUCAGAUCUCCAAGCGGGGGAUUCCUUAUAGCAGCACAGUGUGGGAAAAUGCUAAGGAUGGCCAGGCAGAGAUGGCCGGUGAGCUCUUGAUAGCCAACAAAAGGCGUCAAUGGGAUGAAACAAUCAGGACAGGUCCCUUUCAGGAAAACUUUUGUCAGUCCGUGAGAAGUUUAACUCAGACAGGAAAUAAAAUGCACUGAUGUGUGUCCUGUGAGUGAGUGUUAGCAUAUGCACUGGAAAAGAGUGAAGGAGAGAAGGUGCUGAGUGGCGGAUCUUGAUACUGAGGUGGGCAGGUGGGCUGCUUACAUUCCUCUAACAGGAUCCAUCAGAGGGAAGGAGGAGAAACCUCAAAAUAAAUGCAUAGAGGAAGAUGGUAGAUGCUCGAUGGUAGUUUCGACAAAUGGGAAUUAAAUCAGACUGCUUUGAGUGAGCAAGCAUUGAAAGGUGUUUUUGAAAAUGUAGUUACAUCUGAUUAUUUCCCACCACCGAAAAUAUUAAACUUUUAAAAGUAAUAUUCCAGGUUUUAAGCUUACUUGACAGCAUUUGUGACAUAAAAUUACAACAAAAAAUAACUUUACCUUGUCUAUUGUUAUGGAAUACCAGACUUGGAGACAAGAUGGAACGUUAACCCUACAGGUGUGUUUAUUAACAGUUUUGUAGCGAUGGAUAAUGCAGGUGAGUUCAAGUAAAUAGACAGUCUUGGGUGAAUUAAUGAAGAUAAUGAUGAGUGUAUCCCUUGUUUUACCAGAGAUGGAGAGCACACACAUAAUUGAUGAGAUGAUGGAGAUUGCCAGGAGCUGGGGACAGGUGAGUAUAGAAUGAGUGAGGAGAUCGAGGGAGACACUAGAGAACAUGAGGGAGACAAAAAAAACCUUGGAAUGAGGUAAGUAGAAGAUCGCGGGUAAGAAGAACAUACAUUUUGAGUCCUUAAUCCACAAUAGAGACCAAACCAUGUGGCAGUAAGGAGUGUGUGCUUUUAUAGUGCUGGCUGAGUGAUGAGAUGAUCCGUGACAGACUGAUUAGAAUUCUGGUGAUUGAGUGUGCUGUGUUGUGGAUGAGCCUGGUGUGGCCAUGACAGAACCCCCCUCUUCUCAACGUCAUGGUGGAUGGCCUCGACUAUGUAAUGCAUGGAACUUGGCUAGAAGAUUGGGGUCUAAGAUGUCAUGCCUGGGGACCCUAGCUUUCCCAAUCAACAAGGUAUUCCAGCCAACCACCACAGCGCCGGGAGUUCAAGAUCUCCUUGACUGCACAAACCCGUUCCAUCCUCUAGUACAGGGGUGGCGAACAUCGGUCCUGCAGAGCUGCAGUCCUGCCGACUUUUGCUUCAACCAUGAUGAAACACACCUGGACAAGCUGAUAUUCUGUUUCUUUUGGCCAUUGCUCUGAGGGUGAUAAAUAGAAGAGAGACUGACUAUGUCCUCUGGAAUGCUGAAGUUUUGGAAGACAUGAUUGAACAGUAAUUCUGUUGUUUCCAUCGCUGUUGGUAGGCCCUUGAGGGGAAUCAGUCAACAGGCUUUAGAGAAUCUGUCUACCGCAACCAGAAUGCAGGUGAACCCAUCUGAGGCAAAUCCAUCACAAAAUCCACUCCUAGAUUUGACCUGAGAAAUUUGAAGUGGAUUGAGGAGAGGUGAUGGCACUAUAGUUAUUGAUGAAAUGGCAAUAAAAGUUGGAGAAACCAAGAAAUCCCUGGAGCUCUUUAAUAGUAGUUGGUGUUGGCGGGGACUUGAUAGCAUCCAGCUUCCUCUUGUCCAUUUUGAUACUAUUGGAACUGAUGUCAUCUCCGAGGAACUGGAUGGAGGAAAUAUGGAAGGUACAUUUCUUAGAUUUAAGAUACAGUUAGUGCUCGCAGAGCUUCUUGAGGACCUUAGUAAUGUGCUGGCGAUGUUCAGCCUCAUUCCAGGAGUACACUAGGAUGUCAUCAAUAUACACCAGGACGAACCGAUGGAGGUAUUCCCGGAAAACCUUGUUCAUGUAUUCAUGGAAUACGGAGGGGGUGUUGACUAGUCCAUAGGGCAAGUCAACAAGUACUCAUAGUGACAUGUAGGGGUCACAAAGGUAGUCUUCUGCUCAUCCCCCUCAUGUAUCUGGAUGAGGUUGUAAGCACUCCUAAGGUCCAACUUGGUGAAGAUUCAAGUUCCUCAAAGUUGUUCCAGGGCUGCAGAGAUGAGAGGAAGAGGGUAAUGAAAUUUAACUGUUAUCUUGUUGAGUGCCUGGUAAUCUAUGCAAGGCUGCUAGUCCUUGUCCUUCCUGGCAACAAAGAAAAAGCUGGAAGCCGCAGGAGAAGUGGAAUGACAGAUGAAGCCUUGUUGCAAUGCCUCCUCGAUAUACUCCUCCAUGGCCUUCUGUUCGGGCAUGGAGAGAGGAUAUACCUUGCCUCUGGGCACUGGUUCACUGGGCAGGAUGUUGAUGGCACAGUCCCAUAGUCUAAGAGAUGGUAGUUGAGAGACUUGUUUUGGGCAGAAAACAUAGCUGAAGCAGGCAUAACAUGUUAAAAUCUCCACAGAUCGCUUCUCGAUAGGGCUCUCGGUGGAGGUGAAGUUCAGAGGAAGAACUGGAGUCAGGGAGACUGGUCGAGGCAGUUGUGGGAAACACCUGGAGAAACAAUCCUUGCCCCACUUCAGGACUUCACUGGUGGACCACGAGAUGGAAGGUUCAUGUGAAACGAGCCAGGGACACCCUAGAAUGAUCCCAGUGGUAGAGUUAUCCAAAACCAACAAGUAUGUCCUCAGUAUGUAGUUGACCAACCUGAAGCUGGAGUAAACCCAACCAGUAUCAAACUUUUCCCCGGCCAAGGGCACCACCAGUGAUAGAUUGAAUCUUCUAUUGAAUGUGGUUUACUUUUUUCUCAAGCUGGAGUUGGUUGCAUAGGUCCUCAGAGAUGAAGUUGGCAGCUGACCCAGAGUUGAAUUGUAACAGAGUGGUGGGGAGUGGUGAGCUGAACCAUAGUGGUGAAUGGAUGUAUAUUAACGGGAGAAUGGGAAAAAGCAUUCACCAUGGGUCUAGGAAGAUGGAUGGGACAUGUUUGUAAAAUAUAUCCACUCUGGCCACAAUAUAAACAUAACCCCUGGGUCAGCCAACGUUGAUGCUCGGCCAAGAACAGAUUUGUGUGGUUGAUCUGCAUGGAUUCUGGAGAACUAGGAUCCUCUGGCUGGUGGUAAAGAGGCGGUUUUUGGUACUGAUUAUCCUCCAUACAGCCCUUUACUCUGUUGGUGACUCUGUUGGACAGUUGAAUAAAGCGCUCAAGCCAAAUGGUGUCAUCAUAAGUUGAGAGAUGCAGCCCCAGAGAGGUCUCCAGUCCUUGACAGAAGGUGGUUAACAGCUUGAAGCUGCUAAGGUUCUGGAUCGGAGAGCAUAAUCUUGAAUGGAGUUUUUGCCAUGACGAAGAUGGUAUAAUUGCUCACCAAUGGAGAAAUCUCCAACCGGUCUUCCAA